AAAUAUUGUUUUUUUAUGUCGGGAUCGGGUGAAAAAUCCAUAUCUAAGGGAAGUAAUGCAAGACAGAACAUGGCGGACGACGGCGUUUUAUUUGCGAAAAUUUUACGUCAGUUUGCAAGAUCAUCUGCAGCAAUCAAUCCAGCGCCAGAGGAUAAGAUUGCCCGGUUAUUUUCAUUUUGCCCCAAGGAGAUUAAUGGCGGUUUGACACUGGACCAGAGGGGUCAAGAUGCAGUGAUUUCCCUUGGUAUAUUCCUGCUGGAAUCUGACUUGCAGAAUAAAGACAAGAUAGCACCAUAUUUGCUGAAAGUUUUGAGAUGUCUGCCAGCUUCACAGUGGAGUGGGAAACAUAAACCAGGAAAAGGACAAACAUUACCAAGAUGUGAAAACUUCAGCUUUUGUUUGAAUACAAUACUAAGUGACUUAGCAUUCAAAGAUGACAACUUGAGAGAUGAGGUUCUCAGUACACAGUUAGAUGUCCUGGAAGCUUUAAUUAACAAGUGUGAAGACACAGAUAAUUCCAAAGAAGUGAAGCUCUCCUUGAUAAUUAUUCCCCUUCUGUUUGGUUUGAUUCGAGCCCUGGGCAGAUCUAGUGAUGGGAUCAAACCCCUGAUAUCUUUACUGUAUCCAUCAGAAUCUGUCCAGAAGGAACACAGCACACCUAAAGAUGACAAAGAGGAAGAGGAGGAAGAAAAAACCUUCACGUUCCGCUCGAUCCUCCCCCGGACUAUCUCCACUCACCUCAUCUACUCUGACCCCGUCUCCCCCGUCACGCCCACGGGAGGGAGCCUGUCUGAGUUCCCCACGAUGCGGUACAGGGAGCGGUCCCCCUCUCCCCUGGGGGUCCAGACCCCAGUUAAACCAGGCCAGGAGGAGGACGUGGAGGCCUCUACCUACUACUUCAGUAAGAUUGCCUCCAGCUUUACUUGUGUAAAGCCCUGGGGAUUUGAAAUCAUCCCAGAAAGAGAUCACUUGGUUUUCUCCCAGACUCAACUUCAGCGACUUGUAUCUCUGACAAAGAGGUUGCUCAGCAAAGAGGUUUUAGGGAAUGUCAACACAGCUUUUACAUGGAUGAUCAGUGUUGAAAAUGGUAAGAAGUACAGUUGGUGGCCGUACAAGUCUUACAGUGAGGCGGUCACUCUGUCCACGGUCACCAUGCUGAGGGACAUUCUGGAGCAGGAAAAGGACAUGCCAACCAGUUUCAUGACAGAGGUGUAUGAAUUUUCCAAGACGAUGUAUUCCUCUGGACAGAAUGACCUUGACAAGCGAGGGAAGGGAAGCAGAGAGAUGGAGAAGAAGACAGAUUUCCACACGUACGAGAUGAUGGUGCUGAGCUGCGCUGUCUGUGUAGAUCUCAUGUUCUGGGCAGUCAAGGAAGAGAGAGAGGCUGAGAGUCUGUGUUUACGACUGACAGAGAAGAUAAGUACAAACACGGAGAGGAAGUUACUGUUGUCACACACUCCAGUACUUCUAGUGGCUUUAGAGUCUUUAGGAAAACUGGCCAUCAAGUUUCCACUGUUAGCCUGGACCAUGUGCUGCACUCUUCGAGAUUUUCUGGUGAGUCCCUCUCCCAUACUUAGUAAACUGAACAAAUACGCCUCAGUGGACAGCAGGAGUAGCAUUAAGAUCACGGUCACAGAUACCGGGAAAUCUCCAAAGUCUGGCCGCAGAGACCAGCCUCAAAGCAAAUUACUGAAGGCUUUAGAAAACAUCAGAGACAGUGCCAUCAUCAACGCCUGCAGGGCCCUGAAGGCUUGUCUGGAGGUAGAUGAAGACUGUGUCCAGGCGUUCAUGGCUUCCAUCUCAAACCGUUUAUACAGAGCAGAAAUGUCAGACAGGAGUGGGAAAUCUGCAGAAGAAAGGUGGAACCAGUUGAAACUGGUUAUGAAAUUCAUUCGACCGUCGUCUGGAAACCUUGAACUGCAGGAUGUAGAGAGGGAGUCUAACCUGAUCUCCACUAACACGAUCCUGACCCUGGGGCAUGUGGCGGUGGCACUGAAGGACACCCCCAAGACGGUGGAGUCUGUCCUACAGAUCUUCCAGCAGCGGUUCUGUUCCCCACCCUCACAGCUCGACGUCUUGAUUGUCGACCAGCUCGGCUCCAUGAUCAUCGCCGGAUGUACCACUGUGUACAAUGAGGUCAUGAAGAUGUUUGUUCAGAUCAGUAUAGAGAGUAGUUCUCCAUACAGCUCAGGGGAGAAGGAUGAAAAGAUCAGGGGAUACAGACAAGUUUCCCAGACGGUGAUUAACGCCCUCGCUAACAUUGCCUCCAACGUACAGGGGACAGAGGACCAGAACGAGUUGUUAGUCCGACUCCUAGAACUGUUUGUUAACAUGGGACUGGCUGCCAAGCGAGCCAGCGACAAAAGCUCAGGGGCCAUGAAGGCCUCAGGAACAGCAGGGAACCUUGGAGUUUUGAUACCUGUCAUUAGAGUUUUAAUUCGAAGACUCCCAGUGAUUAAGGAUCCAAAGUCCCGCCUGUUAAAGUUAUUCCGAGACUUCUGGCAGUAUUGUGUUGUGUUUGGCUUCACUGUAGAAGAUUCUGUGAUCUGGCCCAGAGAGUGGUAUGAUGGGGUGUGUGAGAUUGCCGCCAAGUCACCAUUGCUGAUUUCUAAGGAACACCUGAGAUCUGAACUACAGUACAGUGUUGCUCUCCGUGAUGACACUGUGGGACCGGCGGAGCUGAACGAGCUAAGGACGACAAUCUCUUCCCUGCUGGAGAGCUCUGACAUCUACAAGCUGGUGAUGAACCUCUCGUUUGCCCAGUGUACCUAUCUACUUUCCGUGUUCAAACUGGAAACCCUCAGACUUCAACAUUCUACAGAGAGAUCAGCUGUUCAUGGACUGUUUGCCUAUCUAGAGGAUCCUACACUGUAUAAAGAUAAAGCUGGAAUGUGGCAGUGUGUGAGUGCUGUAGCAGACAAGGCUUUUGAAAAAUAUCUGGAUGUCACAGACCAAAAACCAAGGACUGAAGCUCGUGAUGCAGAGUUAGAGAGCCAUGCCCAGUUUCUCCUGGUGUGUUUUAACCACAUCCAUAAACGGAUCAGACGAGUGGCUGACCGAUACCUCACCAACAUGGUAGAAAGAUUCCCACACAUUUUGUGGAGUGGUGCAAUGCUGAAAACUAUGCUGGAUUUGAUACAACUGCUUUCCAGUUCUCUACAGAUAGACCCUAACCAGGAGGCUCCAGAGUUUGCAGUACCAGACACACCCUUCACCCUGAGGGUACAGGACAACAUGGCGGACAGGGAGAACACGGUGAAGGACUUUGCAGCCCGGAGCCAGCAGAUCCUACAGGAGGCCAUGAAGUGGGCCCCCAACACGACCCGGUCACACCUGAUCGAGUACCUCCUGAAGAUGGACAACACCACCCAGGGACUGUUCCAGCACAGCGGCUUGGCCCUGGCCACUCAGAGUGUUCUUAGCUUCGCAGGAUACAACACCACAUCUAAACCACUCGGGAUGGCGACUUUAGACAGAAGACCUACGUGUGUGACAACUGAUAGCUCCAGCUUCAUGGUCAACUUCAGCCUGAGAAGCAGAUACACAGGGGAGGUGUCUGGGAUGAAGUCUCUUUGUUCUGAUCAGGAGCUCUCUAGCUUACUGUAUGAAAAACUGGAGUCGUCACUGAAGAGUAAAGAGGAUGAGAAGAUCAUACCAGCCAUGUUUAGAAUCUGUGCCUUCCUUGUCAGCAUACCAGAAAUAAACAAGCAGUUGUUACAUGCUCUUUGCUGGGCACCGGUUCGCAACUUUUCCAUUAAAACAAUGGAGGCAGGUGUUGCAUGCUGGGAAUGGCUUCUUGCAGCGCGACCUGGUUCAAGUAUUGAGUUUCUGUGUGAGAUGGCAGCCGCCUGGCAGUGUACUGUAGACAGUAAGAUGGGGAUAUUUGAGGAGGACAAGAGAAGACCAGAUCCCCUCGCCAAAGCAGAAAAUGAUGUUCUAGGUCCUGAUCCUCCUUUUGGCAAACCUCAUCACAUUUGGACCAAGUUUUUGGCAGAGCGGGUGGAGGUGGCCCGCUACAGCAGUGAGGAUCAGGUCAGCAUCCUCUCCGGUCUCCUCAGUAAGUCCCUGUCCAUCAGUGUGGGGAGGAGACCCCCGCCCAUGUCACGCCACCCAGAGGUCAUCUGGUCCAGGCUCAGACUCCUGAGUAUGGGUCUACAGCUGUUACAGGGAUCCUACCUCCCUAACAACACCAGUAAGAGUGUCCUCAGAGAAAGGAUAUACGCUGCAGCACUCGACUACUUUGCUGGCCCCUUGAUGUACCCCUCCCAGCGUGGGUCAGAACUGAGGGAGGACAUCAACAAUAUGAUCAAAUUCUGGAGGCUGUUAUUUACUGACAAAAAGUACAUCACUGUAAGCAAAGCAGUGCCAUUUGGAGCUGUUCCAGAUGAGACACAGAGACAGGACUCCCUGGGGCUAUCCCAGUCUGGGGGAAUCCCCUCAGACCUCUUACAGGGGAAGUGGAUCAAUCUGACACUGAAUUCUGGGAUGUCUACCAACUCUAAGAGAUCUGCCAUUUACCUAGAUCCUGCUAGGCACAGGAACAGUUUUGUUAUGGGCCUGUAUGGUCCUAUUGAGAAAUCUCACCUGGGGUACAACACUCUCCAAGGGGAGGGUGCCAAGAAGAGUCCAGGACAGGCUGCUAGUUAUAUCAAGGAGUAUGCUAGAAAGAGGAACCUUAUUCUCCUACUCUUAGCCAAUCUGAUUGAUGCCUUCAGUACCUGGAACAACCCUUUAGAGCUGGCCGAGAACAAGAUAAAGGACGAAGAUAAGGUGGCUCUGUGGAGGACCAAUCCUAUCUCCGAGAGACAAUGGAGGGAGUACGCUCGCAUUGCCUGGGACAUCUCACCUGUGUUAGCCGUCUACUUACCUCACAGGCUGAAGACGUCUGAGACCCUGAGGAGGGAGGUGAUGAGGCUGGUCAGACUGAACCCUGGGGCCGUCAGACACAUCCCAGAGGCCAUCCACUUCCUGGUGUCAGCUCAGAGUGUAGAGGCCGACUCACCAGAGCUGAGUCAUGUGUUGACGUGGAGCCAGGUGGCCCCUGGUGUGGCGCUGUCCUACUUCUCCAGACAGUACCCCCCGCACCCCCUCACAGCCCAGUUCGCUGUCCGAGUUCUCAGGUCACACCCACCAGAGGCUCUCCUUUUCUACAUCCCACAGAUUGUACAGGCUUUAAGAUAUGACACAAUGGGCUAUGUGGCUGAUUUCGUGAUGUGGGCAGCUAAGACGUCCUCCCUCUUAGCUCAUCAGUUACUGUGGAACAUGCAGACUAAUGUAUACAGGGAUGAGGAGGGAACCAUCAAAGAUGAAGAAAUUGGAGAAGAAAUGGAGCUACUGAUGAAAAAGAUGAAAGAAUCCUUUUCUGGUCCAGCCAGGAAAUUUUAUGAGAGAGAAUUUGAUUUCUUUGGAAAAAUCACUGCCAUAUCAGGCAUCAUUAAACCCUAUCCCAAAGGAGAUGAGAGGAGGAAUGCUUGUUUACGAGAACUGAGAAAGAUUGAAUUACAGAAGGGGUGUUACCUACCAUCAAACCCAGAGGCAAUAGUUACAGAGAUUGACAAGAACUCCGGCAUACCAUUACAGAGUGCGGCUAAGGCUCCCUUUUUGGCCCGCUUUCGUGUUAAGCGCUGUGGAGUUCAUGACCUUGAGAUGCUGGGGAUGAGUGACGAGGAUAACCCGGCCAUUAGUACAUCACUGGAAUACUGGCAGGCAGCCAUCUUCAAAGUCGGAGACGACGUUAGACAGGACAUGUUAGCCCUUCAGGUGAUUUCUCUGUGUAAGAAUAUAUUUGAACAAACUGGGUUGGAGUUAUACCUGGUGCCAUACAGAGUUGUUGCCACUGGACCAGGGUGUGGUGUUAUUGAAUGUGUUCCCAAUAGUAAAUCCAGGGAUGAAAUUGGCAAGAAGACAGACAUUACGUUGUAUGACUACUUCCAGAAAACGUUCGGAGAUGAGGAUACCCCAGAAUUCCAAGCUGCUCGUCGUAACUUUGUGGUCAGCAUGGCAGCCUACAGUUUGGUGACGUUCCUUCUACAGAUAAAGGACCGUCAUAAUGGAAACCUAAUGAUAAACAAUACAGGCCAUCUCAUACAUAUAGAUUUUGGCUUUAUGUUUGAGAGUUCCCCUGGAGGUAAUCUUGGCUGGGAGCCUCACUUUAAGUUGACAGAUGAGAUGGUAAACAUCAUGGGAGGAACAAUGGAAGCUGCUCCGUUCCAGUGGUUCAUGGAGCUCUGUGUCCAGGGUUACCUAGCUGUCAGACCCUAUCAGGAGACGAUCAUUACCCUGGUGUCUCUGAUGCUGGACACAGGACUGCCAUGUUUCAGAGGACAGACCAUCAAACAACUGAGGGACAGAUUCCAGCCAAUGGCCUCAGAGCGCGAGGCGGCAGAGUUCAUGAAGAGGAUCAUCAAAGAGUGCUUCCUGAGCUGGAGGGCAAAGUCUUACGACUGGAUACAGUUCUACCAACAAAACAUCCCCUACUGACAAUAUCCUCACAAACCAAAGAGAGUGUGUCAUUUACAGAUCUCAGUCUUAUGUUAUUUGAGGAACUUGGUCUUAGAUGGAGAAAUGUUGUUAUCUCGACAUUUGGACAAAUUUUUUGGUGUCCUUGUCAUCACUGAGGAUAAUAAAGUUGAAGUCGUAUAGAACAUUCCAGGAAGUAAUUGAUAUUUUCUAGAAUAAAAUCCCCUGAAUGGGGUUUCCCCUACAGUCAAUUUUAGGUUUAUGUUGAUAUUAUAUGUACAAGAUGAGAUGGUGAAAUAUCAGCAUCAACAUCUUAACAGUCAAACAUUAUUUUAUUCAGACUCUUAAUAAGAAAUUUUGAAGUGCUUUCUUAUAUUAAGUAUUUUACAAUGUUUAUGUAUUGUCGCAAUACACUGUACAACCUUUAAAACCUAUCAGCUUUGCAUUUACAACAUCAAAAUUUCAAAUUUCAUUUUAGUUUUUACAGUUUUUAUUUUAAAAGCUUUAAAAUGCCUUUGGACUUAUUGUUUUAAUUGUUAUUUUAAAUAUAUAUAGAAAUGUUACUUGAUGGGCCAAAUUUUCUGUUCCUUUGAUCUAUCAUAAGAUUUUUGUUGAUAUUCCAAUACGUAGUGUAUGUAAAAUGUUAAGCACCAAAGAAAAUUCAAAUACAGUGUAGUGUUGGUCACUAAAUCUUUGGAACACCUUAUUAUCUGAGAUUGUUGUUCGGUGUUUAUGAGAAAAACAAAAUUUUCCACUUAAGUUAUUGCUGUAUAUGAUCUUUAAUAAUAGAAUUAAUGUGAGAAUGAAAAUUUUCCCCAGCAGACUGUCACAAAUAAUUAUGGGAAAAUAAAGUUCUUACACUUAAAAGCAACUUACCAUAUUGUAAAUCAUAGACAUAUGCACAAAUUACAGAUUACAAGUUAAUCAACAAGUAAGUCAUAUACAAAAAGUUGCUGUUUAAUGCAUUAUUUGUCUUGUUCUUGUGCAUAAUAAUAAUUUUUGAAAAAUUGUAUGAACAAAUUUUGUCUGUGAUAUUUGUUGUGCAAUAUUGCUUUCCUACAUGUAUAAAUAAAAAGAAAAGUUUUCUGCUA